GCCGCAACAUGGAACGCAAGAGAACUCAAUCCUCCUCCACGCAGGAUUCGUCAACAGCCGGCACCUCGAGGCCUGUAUCGCCGUCCUUCACACUCACAAACGCGCCUCAAAAUCCAACGACACCACCCGACACCCCACCCCAACCUCACCGACCCCAGGGACCCCCAGCUUCCCUCCUGUCAUGCUCACCAACCUCAACACAACCAUUCUCCCUGUCCUCCGUCACCUGCGCCAUCACCUACCCCGUCCUCCCCUCCAUGCCCUCCCGCGACCUCGCACCCUUCCACAAAGGUGCCCAAAUCGCGCUAGAGAAUAUAUUCGACGACUACCUGCGCAACACAGGUAUGAGUCUGUUAGAGUGAUACGCGAUUUGGGAGAUAAAAUGCCG